GCGCCGCGCUGGAGGCGCCGAGCGACCCCCCGCCCGCAGCCCCUCGCCUGGAGCAAGCCGCGGCCGCAGUCGUACCAGAGCCCCAGCGGAGUGCUCGUCACCGACUUCCCCGUGGAGGACAGGUGCGCCUUCUCCGUGCCUCAGCCCGCCGGCACCGGCAGCCGCGCCAUGGGCUCGGUGUCCAACGGCACCGUGCGGCCGCCGGGCUCCCCCGCGCUGGCUCCGGAGCGGCGCUCCCGGCUGUUCUCCCCGGACAGCCCCGUCGGUUCCACCGCCAACGGCAGCAUCUCCCCGCCGGGCAGCGGGCAGGGCCCCCGGCCGCGCCCGCCCAGCACCGCGGGGCUGGCCCCGCAGCACGAGCGGAUCGUGUUCGGAGCCAGCGCUCAGCCCGCACCGAGCCCCGGCAGCGGCGGGGCCCCGGAGGAGCCGGGGGGAUGCCCUGCGGAGCGCAGGGUGAGCUCGCAGCAGCAGCAGCAGCAGCUGAUCCCCCGCAGCCUGGCCGAGAGCCGGCCCGCCGGCCACGAGCGGGGUCUCAGGGUGCGCAGCCUGGUGGAGCCCCCCCGGCUGGCCCUGGGCAGCGACCCCGAGGACGAGCCCGAGGGCGGCCCGGGCGCGCUGCGGCGCGGGCUCCGCUCCACGUCCUACCGCCGGGCCGUGGUGAGCGGCGUGGAGCUGGACGGCUCCAACAACUGCAAGAAGAAAAACAGAAUGUCCCAGCCCAUCCUGAAAGCGGUGGUUGAAGAUAAAGAGAAGUUCUCGAGCCUGGGGAGGAUAAAGAAGAUGCUGAAAGGACAAGGGACAUUCGAUGGGGAAGAAAAUGCUGUAUUAUAUCAGAACUAUAAGGAAAAAGCUCUGGACAUAGAUUCUGAUGAAGAGUCUGAGCCCCAGGAGCAGAAGCUGGAUGACAAGGUUGUUUUUCACUAUAAGCCCCUGAGGUCGACGUGGAGCCAGCUCUCCGUGGUGAAGAAGAAUGGACUGUCAGAAGCAAUCAGCCAGGAAGAAAGGAAAAGACAGGAGGCAAUAUUUGAGGUGAUAUCUUCUGAGCACUCCUAUUUGCUGAGCCUGGAGAUUCUGAUCCGGAUGUUUAAAAAUUCCAGGGAACUGAGCCUCACAAUGACCAAAACAGAGAGCCACCACCUCUUCUCCAACAUCACGGAUGUUUAUGAAGCAAGCAAAAAGUUCUUUGAGGAGCUGGAGGCAAGGCACCAGAGCAGCAUUUUCAUCGAUGACAUCAGUGACAUCGUGGCGAGGCACGCGGGCUCCACCUUCGACCCCUACGUGAAGUAUUGCACCAACGAGGUUUAUCAGCAGCGCACCCUGCAGAGACUGCUAGCCACAAAUCCAGCGUUUAAGGAGGUGCUGUCCCGGAUCGAGUCCCACGAGGAUUGCCGGAAUUUGCCCAUGAUCUCCUUCCUCAUCCUCCCCAUGCAGAGAGUCACUCGUCUCCCCUUACUGAUGGAUACUAUUUGCCAGAAAACCCCCAAGGAUUCAGCAAAAUACGAGAACUGCAAGCAGGCUCUGAAAGAAGUCAGCAAGCUCGUGCGUCUGUGCAACGAGGGCGCCCGCAAGAUGGAGAGGACGGAGAUGAUGUACACCAUCAACUCCCAGCUGGAAUUCAAAAUCAAGCCAUUUCCAUUGGUUUCCUCUUCACGGUGGUUGGUGAAAAGGGGAGAAUUAAUGGCCUAUGUAGAAGACACUGGACUCUUUUCCAAAAGAACCUCUAAGCAGCAGGUGUACUUCUUCCUCUUCAACGACGUCCUCAUCAUCACCAAGAAGAAGAGUGAGGAGAGUUACAAUGUCACCGAGUACUCGCUGCGGGAGCAGCUGCUGGUGGUGCCCUGUGAGGGGGAGGAUCCCUGCUCCUCUCCCGGUAAGAACGCGGCAGGGAUGCUCCACUCCGGACGGAAUUCUGCGUGCCACCUCUUCAGGCUCGUGCUCCUCAGCAAUCAUGCCGGGGACAGGGUGGAGAUGCUCCUGGGAGCAGAGACUCAGAGUGACAGAGCCCGCUGGAUCACGGCGCUGGGCCAGGACACUGAUGGGCACCACACGGACAGAACCACACUGGCUCAGGUGGAGAUCAUCAGAACCUACACAGCCAAGCAGGCCGAUGAGCUCUCUCUGCAAGUCGCUGAUGUUGUUUUGCUUUAUCAAAAAGUGAAUGAUGGCUGGUACGAAGGAGAGCGGCUGCGGGACGGUCAGAGGGGCUGGUUCCCCUCCGAGUGUGCCAAGGAAAUCACCUGCAGGGCCACCCUGGACAAGAACAUGGAGCGUAUGGGACGCCUGCUGGGGCUGGAAACCAACGUGUAGCCUUGUCCUCACCCCCUAUCCUGGGGGCUGCUCUGGCUGGGACUGGGGACAGCGGAGCCACAACCCAGCAGCAGCACACUGGAGCCUCACACUGGCUCUGGCAGCUCCAAACGGAGCCCUGGCCCCACCAGCAGCACCUUACAGCAGUGUCCUGAGCACUCUGCUGCAGCUCCUGCCUCCUUACACUCCUGCUCCAUCUGCUUUGGAGCAUCUGAAUUUGUUUUCAGCCCCAGAACUCUGCAGGGGCCUGGGUCCCCGGCCCCACACCUGGAGCUGGCGGUGAGCAGCAGUGCUGGGGUGUCCUGCUCCUGAGGAGCUGCAGUGCUACAGCCCCAGCUGCUGUUCCAGGACACUUGCCCUCGUGCCAGCACCAGUGUGACACCUGCACUCGAGGGACCAGCUCUGUACUCUGUAAAGGCUGACCUACCUCUGCAGUGCAAAUCCAGGGCUGGCCCCAGGCUGGCACAGGCACAGCCUCGGUGAGGAAUCUGCAGCUGUGCCUCCAUGAGGCCGCUCAGACUGGCUCCAAGUCCUGCUGUGGGCAAAGGAUUUCUGAAAGCCAGAGAAAGGUACCACACUCUGCAGAGUCAGUGCUGCUGCUCCAUCUUAGCACAGGUAUUUUACUGCAGAGGAACUGCUGCAAGUGGGGCAGUGGUUUCUGCUUUCCUCAGGGCUGAUGAGGGCUUGCACUUCACUCAGUGCUUCAGAGCAGCGGUGUGAUGAGAACAUGAAAUGCACUGACUGCUCGGGGAACAAACGCCCUCAAGGGUGAGCAGCAUUCUGGGCACAUGGCUGGACAGGUGUGGGAGUCUGUAUGAUAAAACUCUCCUUUUUAAGGACCAGCUGCUGCCUCAGCAGUGUGGAAACUGCUCACUAGAAACAAGGAGACAACUUGUAGUACCAAGGCUUUCUUCUUGUUGCCUUCCCCAGCCUCUGCAAAGGGGAGGACUAUGCUGGUUUUUAUCCUGCAAGAUGCUGAUGUAAGUGGUGAGUGAAUUGGGUGUUCAUAAAGAUGUGUAGCUCUAAUAAUUUAAACUACAUUAGGAAGACAGUAAUUUUGUACAAAAAUACUUACCUAGACAGUGUGACAGUGGUUAUACAUACAGCCUCACAAAUUAAUUUAAGUGGACUGAUAAAAUAGUAAUGAAACUGUAAAUUGAACAAAGACUUAUUUAACAUAGUUAAAAUACUGCUAGCGUUUUAACAAAUUUUAUUGCAUACUUUGCAGAUGUUUAACACAUAACUGAAUGUAUAAAUCCAGGCAUUAAUUUUAUUCAGAUUUUUUUAAUACACUGUAUAUAUUUUUCAUACCUAGUUUUUCCAAAAAUGCUGUAAUGUUUUGUAAAGACAUUUUUCAUUUUUCCUAUUGUUGGACACAGUUCUUCAGGAAUUAAAAGACGUCUAUGAUUUUAUAGGACAACAAUCAAUAAAAUGCUUUUACAUCCUUACUAAAAAAAA